AUGUACAAAUCAGUAAUCAGAAGUACGGUCGGCCGUCAAUUGACAGCAACAGCUGCUCGUCCAGUGGCUGUACGAAGCUAUGCUUCUGCACACGCUGCCCCGCAACCCUUCAAUUGGGAAGAUCCAUUGAACGCCGCCAGCUUAUUUACAGAGGAGGAAUUGGCUAUUUCUGAGACGGCGGAGGCGUAUUGUCAGGAGCGGAUGCUACCGCGAGUUCUACAGGCGUACAGAGACGAAAACUAUGACAAGAAGAUCCUCGAGGAGAUGGGCGAGCUGGGCUUGCUAGGCGCUACAAUUAAGGGUUACGACUGUGCGGGUGUGUCGAAUGUGGCGUCUGGACUUAUCACCAAGGCUGUCGAGCGGGUAGACAGUGGUUACAGAUCUGGCAUGUCUGUUCAGUCGUCUCUCGUCAUGGGAGGCAUUGAUGACUUCGGCACACAAGAACAAAAGGACAAGUUCCUGCCAAAGAUGGCGAAGGGGAAACUGCUGGGUGCAUUCGGUCUCACGGAGCCAAAUCAUGGAAGUGAUCCAGGCUCUAUGGAAACUACUGCCAAACCACAUCCUACAAAGAAAGGCUACUACUCGCUCUCCGGGGCGAAGACUUGGAUCACGAACUCCCCGAUUGCAGAUGUCCUGAUCGUAUGGGCAAAACUACAAGAGACAGGCAAGAUCCGCGGGUUCUUAGUCGAAAGAUCAGAAUGUCCACCUGGAACACUCGAGACACCCGCCAUCAAAGACAAGAACGGUCUCCGGGCCUCCCUCACCGGCAUGAUCCAACUCGACGAAUGCCCCGUCCCAGAAGCAAACAUGUUCCCCGACGUAGAAGGUCUCCGAGGUCCAUUCACCUGCCUGAACAGCGCGCGCUACGGAAUCGCUUGGGGAACAAUCGGCGCACUGGAAGACUGCAUAUCCCGCGCCCGAACAUACGCACUCGAGCGCAAGCAGUUCAAGGGAAACCCCAUCGCCAAGUAUCAGCUCGUGCAGAAGAAACUCGCUGAUGCUACGACGGAUGCAGCGUUCGGGACUCUGGCUGCUGUUCAGGUUGGGAGACUGAAGGAUGAGGGGCUGGCGGCGCCGGAGAUGAUCAGUAUGAUUAAGAGGCAGAACUGUGAUCGUGCGUUGGUGAAUGCGAGGAUUUUGCAGGAGAUCUUUGGGGGGAAUGCGGUUAGUGAUGAGUAUGGAAUUGGGAGGCACGUCGCAAAUUUAUUCGUGACCCAGACCUACGAAGGGCAGAGUGAUAUUCAUGCUCUGAUCCUGGGGCGUGCUAUUACGGGGUUGCAGGCUUUUGUGUAG